GUAUACCCUAGGCCUGCGCCAGGUUCUCCUUUCUCUUUCCCGUUCAAUCUCCGAUCAUGGUGCGCCUGUUCCUGCUCGACUACGGCGCAGGCAAUGUGCACUCCAUCGCCAACUCGAUAACGAAACUCGGCCACGAGUUCGAGUGGAUCAGCCACCCGGACGACUUCCGCAAGGCCACAACUCUUGUCUUCCCCGGCGUAGGCGCAUUCGAGACAGCCAUAGAACAUCUUUCGGCAAAGGGCCUGCUGCAACCUUUACGCGACUACAUUGACUCGGGGAAACCCUACUUUGGGAUAUGUAUUGGCAUGCAGGUCCUUUUCCAGUCCUCGACGGAGUCACCGUCCGUCCGGGGACUUGGGUGUGUCCCUGCGCCAAUUGAGGAAUUUUCUAAUGAAGACAAAUCCGUCCCCCAUAUGGGCUGGAACUCUAUAGAGUUCAUGGACCCAGAAGACACAGAGCAUUACGAGGGCAUGGACCAGUCCUCCCAUUACUACUUCGUACACUCCUACCGGGCAAAGUACGACGAGUCAAAUUUAGAGGCGGCGCAAUGGGUCCAUUCGACCGCUCAAUACGGCCGGGAGGUCUUUGUGGCCUCCGUGCGCAGAGGCAACGUCUUUGGCGUUCAGUUCCAUCCAGAAAAGUCCGGAGUCGCAGGUCUCAAGAUCCUGGAUACAUGGCUGAGAGAAUCCGAAUCUGCACAGGCGUCCGCACCGACAGCCGUACCGCGAGGACUACGGCCUCCCAGAGCUCGCGACGGACUGACAAAACGGAUCAUUGCUUGCAUGGACGUCCGCGCAAAUGACGACGGCGACUUGGUUGUCACAAAAGGCGACCAAUACGACGUCCGCGAAAAGGUCCUACCUGCUGCUGCCUCUUCUUCAGACGCCGUGCAGGCGAAAACAGCGGGUGCUGUGCGCAACCUCGGCAAGCCCGUGGCCUUGGCAGAGCAGUACUUCGCUGCAGGCGCAGAUGAGUUGUGUCUCCUCAAUAUCACUUCGUUCCGUCACUCCCCAUUACAUGACCAGCCAAUGCUAGCGGUCGUGCGUGCCGCAGCUGCGCGGGUUUUCGUUCCCCUCACCAUCGGCGGUGGGAUAAAAGACACAGUCGACCCGGACGGCACGAAGCGAUCGGCGCUCGAGGUGGCCGGGGAAUACUUCCGAGCAGGUGCUGACAAGGUCAGUAUCGGCAGCGAAGCAGUUUACGCUGUGGAACGCCUGCUCGAAUGUGGCGGGAAAGGCGACGGGACAAGCGCUAUCGAGACGAUAGCGAGGGUAUAUGGGCGGCAGGCGGUCGUUGUUUCUAUCGACCCCAAGCGCGUGUACGUCGACGACCCCUCCUCCUAUCCAGGGCCGUACAAGUCGGAACUUGUCUAUGGCAAGCCCGAUGGGCUGGAGAAGGAGAAGGGGAAGGCGUGGUGGUACCAAUGUACCGUCUCAGGUGGACGGGAAGCACGUCCGCUCUCUGUUGUGCAGCUUGCUCAGGGAGUAGAGAAACUCGGCGCUGGGGAGAUUCUAGUGAACAGUAUCGAUCGCGAUGGUACUGGUCUAGGGUUCGACCUAGCCUUGGUCAGACUGGUCAAGCAAAAUGUCCGAAUACCAGUGGUGGCAAGCAGUGGGGCCGGCAAGGCCGAGCACUUUGUGGAGGUGUUCGAGCAGACAGAUGUUGAGGCCGCUUUGGCUGCGGGAAUCUUCCACCGCGGAGUAGUCCAAAUCGCGGAGGUGAAGGCUGCGUUACAAGAAGCCGGUAUCCAGGCUCGUAGAUGA